GAGGAUUUGGGGAGAUUUGCCGUAGCCCGGGGUGGGAAAGGAGCAUCAGGGUUGACCGGGGAUGAAAGACCAACGGCUGGAGGAAACCCAGGCUCGCCAGCCAACCGCCGACUCGGAGGAGAGCAGCCGGGAUGCCAAAGAUGGAGGAGCUGGCGGAACACGGUGUCUUUCUGCCCCCUAAUAUGCAAGGGCUGACUGAUGAGCAGAUCGAAGAGCUGAAACUGAAGGACGAGUGGGGGGAGAAGUGUGUGCCCAGUGGAGGGUCUGUUUUUACGAAGGACGAGAUCGGGCGGAGGAACGGGCAAGCUCCAAAUGAGAAAAUGAAGCAGGUUUUAAAGAAGACGGUAGAAGAAGCCAAGGCGAUAGUGUCUAAGAAACAAGUAGAAGCUGGAGUCUUUGUUACCAUGGAGAUGGUGAAAGAUGCCUUGGACCAGCUUCGAGGUGCGGUCAUGAUCGUUUAUCCCAUGGGGCUGCCACCAUACGAUCCUAUCCGGAUGGAAUUUGAAAAUAAAGAAGAUUUGUCAGGAACUCAGGCAGCCCUCGAAGUCAUCCAGGAGUCGGAGGCACAGCUGUGGUGGGCCGCCAAGGAGCUGAGAAGAACAAAGAAGCUUUCUGACUAUGUGGGGAAAAAUGAGAAAACCAAAAUCAUCGUCAAGAUCCAGCAGAGAGGGCAGGGUGCCCCAGCCCGGGAGCCUGUCAUCAGCAGUGAAGAACACAAGCAGCUGAUGCUGUUCUACCACAGAAGACAGGAGGAGCUCAAGAAACUGGAAGAGAAUGACGAUGACUCCUGUCUGAACUCCCCGUGGGCUGACAACACGGCUUUGAAAAGACAUUUUCAUGGCGUAAAAGACAUAAAGUGGCGGCCCAGGUGAAGCCAACACUUGACUGUCAGAACCUCAACCCACCAAAUUCCUACCUUCCUGGUUUUCCUUUAGUUUGAAUUUUUGAAAUAAGUCAUUCACAGUUUUAGAACUUAAUAAAUACACAUUCAAAAGAGAAUGUUUUAGGACAGCUGUGUCACAUCUAAGGACUUAACUUGUUGGUGUCAUGAGAGCCAUGUCUUUCCUGUCCCUUACCUUGUGUGUGCCUGUGUUGGAGUGGAUCUGAGUUUCCUCUGUAGCAAGAUAGCCAGCUGGUCCGUAGCUGAUGUGGAACUCAGCCGUCAUGGCCACUAGAGGCCGCUGGCUGCAGUCUUGUCAUUCUCCAUGUGGAUGGGUUGAAUUCUGAGUUGGCUUUAGGUUAAGACACUAGGGCAAUGGUUCUCAGCCCAGGGUUGACCCACCCUUUCACGGGUGUUGCAUACCAAAUGUCCUGCAUGUCAGACAUUUACAUUACGAUUCAUGACAGAAAAAUGACAGUUAUGAGGUAGCAAUGAAAUAAUGUUAUGGUUGGGGUCACCAGAACAUGAGGAGCUGUGUUAAAGGGUCACAGCAUCAGGAAGGGUGGGAACCCUGCACUCGGUGGACCCACUGUCAUAUCUGACUGUGCUAGCCCUCAAGGGUAAGCUUGGCUCCGGGCUACCCCCUGGCCUUAUCUGCCAGGAGAAGCCACCCGUGGUUCAGGUUGGUAGCCAACUAGGCUAACCUGGCACCUUGACCCUUCUUCAGUUAACCAUUCAAGUCUCCUUCACUAAACAGGCUGGGAAAAGGCGUUGUGACGCUGGCACAGAGUGGCUGUGCUUGGGGAUGGCCACACCAACUGCAGGCUCAGCUGCCUGCUGUCCCUGGGUUGUGCUGUACACCAUCAGGCUAAUGACAACAGGUUUGUGCGCCUGUGACCACCUGCAGGACAUACUGGGGCACUGGGCCUUUUUAAAGUCACUAUUCCCCCUAAGCCACUGUAACCCCCAACACCUAGCGCUGCCAUCAAAUGAGGCACACCCAGGCUGCUCCCUGCAGCUACAAGUGUCCUAGAGACACACUUACCCUUGACCUUGGCCUCCAGGAUGCUGGCUCAGUUAAGAGGAAAUUCUUCUUGCGCCCUGUAAGGGAACGGAAGCAUAGUACUGUUCCCUGCGCUGGACUUCCUGUCCCACGCUCCUCCCACUCACUGCCCCUCCCACCUACGCACCCCAGGCCAGCCACCACAGCCUUGAAAGGAGCAGUAGGAGCGAGGGGAGCUGGCCCUGGACAGGUCCUGCCUGAUGCAAGGCAGCCUUUCCCCGAGCCAGCACCCCACAUCUGGGAUGAGAGCAAGCCACUUGUUCUGCCUGGCUUCAUCCUCAGAAGUAAAGCUAGCUAGAUGUCCCUGUUUCCACUUGGAGGAAGACUUGGGCAUCCAGGAAAAGCUGUGAGGCUGAGCCCCGCACCUUGAGAUUCUCCCAGAAACUUUGGCCUCCCAAGCUACUUCACCAGAGGGGGCCCCAAAAGGCCACUUCUCAAAGCCAGAUGUAGCUAGCCACUUUGUGGUCCUGCUAUUUCAAUUGAUCAAAUUUUGUAAAAUCCAGAUUUGCAUCUAUUCCCCCUUCCUUUGAUUAUAAUUUUUAAGUUUUUCCUUGGAUUGUUUUGGCCUUGAAUGACGUUUGUUCUUAAAGCCUCGAGUUGUAUCUGGGGAA